AUGACCGACUCUCCAGCCGUACGGAUACCGCUGGACCCGCACGAGCAGCCAAUCCUCGACAGGCUGCUGAGCAUUCGAACGGAACUCGAACUCCUCAAGCAAGACAAAUCAACCUACGUGAAGUCGCAGGAUGUGAUCAACCUCUAUAACCAGGUUGUUGAUCAAGUCGAGCUGCUCAAUGGCAUAAGAACGCAGAAACGGCACGAGCAGAAUCGAGUUGAUACUGUGCUGGACGACUGCUUCCAGCUCAUAUCACUUGCGUAUCUCACUAUAGGAAAGAACAACGAAGCCCCUGCAGUAUAUUCCGCCGUCUCGACAAUAAAACGCCUCCUCGAACAUCUCAGAGAAGCAGCUUUCUUCUCUCCAAAGGAUCUCGAAUCCAUCAGUAGCCGGCUUCAAAACUACCGCGAGGCAGUCGAGAGGGGCAGGGAAACCCACAGCCCCCACCUUCUCCUGUUGGUCGAAGCACGGAUAGACAUCUGUCAAGACAUUCUCUCCGAGCUACAGGAUAAGCUAUCACAGCUAGACGAGGAGCAAGGCGCGAAGUAUGAGAAACUCGUAUCUAUUCUGCGAUCGUUGGCAGGAUGCAGCACCAAGUCGAAGUUUCCUGCCGCGGAAGUGGACGACCUCUACAAGCAGCUGAAGGAGAUCGAAGCGAGCCUUGAUAAAGACAGCAGACCCACAGCGAAGAGCCCGAGCAUAGACGAGCUGGCGCAAAGUCUUCAAAUUCAGAUGAGGACCCAGAGCCCUGCUCCGUCGGGGCAAAGGCUAGUGAAGGAUCUGCUUACCCGGUGCUUCCUGUGGGUUGAGUUAGUGAAGCAAAAGCAAGGUCAAAUCAAUGAGAACUUCAGAGAUACUUACGAGAAGCUACGUGACAUACGGAACCAGCUUGAGAGACUCACCUUGACACAAGCGUGGUCGCUUCGCGAGACGGAUCUCUACAGCUUCCAACGGCAGCUCGAUAGAGUGGACGAGUCUCGCGUGGACGGCAACUUUUUGGAUGCCGAGGGUCGGCCAGCGGAUCUUCACGCACAGAGGACCCUUUUAUAUUUGCUUCGCAAGAGCUAUGCGCUCAUAUAUCACCUCAUCAUCUCUUCGGCAGCCGUUUCAGAACCCCUACUCCCGAUCUACAACCAGUUGACGACGCUGCGAAGAUGUCUGGUGGAAGUGAAGAAGUCCGGAGGUGUUUCCUCGCCCCGCGAGCUGUAUCCUUACAGCAUGAAGCUCAACUCAAUUGACAACAUGCGGAUCGAUGGCAAAUUCAUGGUGGGAGAUGAAAUCCCCGACGGUCAGGCCAACGUAAUAGAGUUGCUGGAAGAAUGCUUUGAGCUUGCGUACGAGCUUAGAGUACAAGCAGAGGACGAGAGCGAAGAGGAGAGAAAAGACGAGAAGGAGGAGGGGGAAGACGAGAAAGAAGAUGAUACUGAAGACAAGUCGGACGAUGAAGAUGGCAGCCUAGCUAUGAAGGCAAAGUGA